AGGAGGCUCAAACAUGGCGGUAAACUUCCUCAGCAAGACUGUUUACACCCCCAAGGAACUGGACCUUUAUUUUGGUUCUUAAUGGCCACAUUUGGUUGGAGUUACAAGUCAAAUGCAAGUGGAAGCAAACGUCCCAGUGAACAAUCGAGAAAAGUUGAGAGCUGGCAGGAGAAACGCGCCGAUGACACGCCGAAACCCCUACACCCCCAGUCGCAUUCUGCUGAAACUUUAACAGCAGGAACCCAACCCGCGAGGAAAAAAUGUAAGUCGUUAAAAACAGAUUAUUUGAGUCAAGUUAAAAUCCUGGCAACUUAUUUUUAGGUAAACAUUUGGGAAACUUAAAGUAGCAUGUAACUGUACAUUACACAAGCUUAUUUAAAAUGUACUUUCAGUUCAAGAUCUUGUAGGGGAGCAACUGCAUGUGUAUAUAUAUAUAUAUAUAUAUAUAUAUAUAUAUAUACUUUUUGUUUUUAAUGUAUGGCUUCUAUUUUAAGCGAAGUGGAGUAGAGUGCUGUAGAAAAUGAAAUGUGAAGUCAAACGAAACAACGAAACGCAAAAUGUUAUAUUAAUCACAUUUAUAUUUGUAGUUUUGUAGGAGGCAUAUGAUUGCCCACCUAAGAAAGAAACUUUAACCACUCUAAACUGUCAGUUCUUUGAUAUUAUUAGCCGUACUGAAGUGAUGUUUUCAAGAUGUACCCUUUUGAUGUGGUUUGGCUCUUUCCUUCUUUGACAAUACUUUUCCUUCAGUUAAAUUUUCAAUUUCAGGGAUUAUUUUAUGUGAUCAAGGUCUUUUGUCUCCAUGAUAUAUAUCUUAGUUGAUUGGUUUUUUUGGGAGGAUAUGGGUGGAUAAUUUGGGAAUUGUAUAUAUGUAUGCAAUCAAAUAAGGGAUUUUAACCUUUCCAUGAGAGAAACGGUCCUUCGUUCAGCUUCUCUCUCCUGAUGGAAGUGCUAAAUUACACCCUCAUCAUUUAGUGUCAGUAUAUGGUACUUUUAAACAAAGUAGAUUUUGGGAGAUUGAGCCUCCAUGAAAAUGUCGUUGAUUUGAUUGGAUCAAGUAUAAAGAUAAAAGAUACAUGAUUACUGUGCCAAACCUUAGCUUCCAAGUAAUUUAUUUAUCCUUUCUGGUUUUUAUAUCUCUGUCUUCUAUCUUUCCCAUUCAUAUAUGUUUUGUUGUUAACCCUUUAACUCCCAUGAGUGACCAAGACAGAAUUUCUCCUUACAAUAUCAAUACAAUAUCAACCAGAUAAGUGAUGAGAGUAAAGAAAAAUAUCACUUUAGGGAUAAUUAGUUGAUCCAAUAGUAAAUUCUCUGAACUAACAUUAAAAGAAUUAUAUGGUUGACAGUAAGGAGAAUGACAAAUUUGAUCUGAGAGUUAAAGGGUUAUUAACACAUCCAACUAAGACCCGUCAGUGCAUUACAAACAGCCUUUUUUAAACAUUUGUGUGAAUUUCUUUGGUAAAGUGAUUCCGAAUGGUGAAGAAAUAAAAAGCUACAAAUCAUCCACCAUUCUUGGCAAUAGACUGUAUUUUCUCAUUUCUUUUUAUCUCUAAAGAUGACCCAAGAGCCAAGAUAUUUGUUGGUAACUUAGACUGGGAAACUAAAGAAGGUAUUGAAGUACUGAAAAAAUUAAUUAUUUGGUAGUUUUUAUACACUGAAAAGUCAGUAGCAACUAGAAAAGUGGGAGCUUUUUAUUAUCACUUUGUCCGGCAUUGUGACCCAUUUUGCGGACUAACAAGGAGAUUUUGGCAAGCUAAAUGGUUUUAAACUGUCUCACACACUUGUGUGCUUAUUCAGACUGUUUUGUUGUUAUUGCAUUGAUUUAAACUAAGGUAUUGGAUGUUCAUUCCAUGAUUGAAGGGCCAUAUACAGAAUAAGGCCCCAAGUAAUUUUUAUGCAACAUGUAUAUUUCUCCCUCUGUUUUAUGAGAGAAUAUAUUACAGACAAUUUUAAAGAAGAAACAAGGAGUUUCAGAGGGCUUUCCUCUUGGCCACCAUUUGAAUUAUGCUGGCCAUAAUUAUUAGUAAGCUAUACAUGUAAGGUAUUGCCUACAGAAAUUUCCUUAGAUAUGCUCUCAUUUUGUCGUGGUAUAUCAUGCAAUUGUAUAACCUAUGUGUAGCCAUACCUACCCCCCCCCUUCCAAGGGGAAACAGAAGGGAGGAAAUAUCUAUGAAAACAUGACACAAAUCAUGUUAUAUGACAUCACUCUUUUGUGUGGCGAUUCUAAUGAUUUUUUAUUGGUCAACCAUUUUGUUGAUUCUUUAAUGAAUUGUGAUUGGCUAGAGAUGAUUGUUUUCUUUCAUACUAACAAACAAGAUGGUGAGCAGAGUACCUUCAUGGUCAACUAUGCAAAUAACCGCAACUUAUAACAAGGUUUUAAGGCAAGUCUGCAUGACUUCGGGAUAGAGAAAUUUCAAGAAGAACAGUAGAAUGCUAUAGAUGCCAGUAUGUUUUUCAAAGGUAACAAUGUCUCCGUUUGGUGCCCAACUGGCUAUGGAAACUUUUUAAUUUAUCAAGCCGUGCCAGUGAUCAAGUGCCUUUCUUUUCUAGAGAAAAAUGUUCACUAUAUAUUUAUUGUGGCACCUGUGAAAGCUCUCAUAGAAGACCAGGUUGACUAUCUCAAUGCAUUUGGGCCAAGGUGAUUGUCUUCCUUCAACUCUCAGUCUCUUUGAGAGUGGUGCUGCAAAGCUAAUUAAGCUAUUUAUUUCUAGCAGCAAUCAUUUAGACUGAAAAAUGAGUUGCUCUUUCUUCACACUUGCAGCAUAACUAUCUCUUAAAGAAAUCUGUAAAACCAUGAGAUUCUGUGACAAAUGAUCCAAUUUUUCUUAGACAACUGUGGCACUAUCUACAAAUGUAAGAAGAGACUGUGUGGAUGUUGAAAUCUACUUUUGUUAGUGUGAUGUUAAUCAAACAUCACCCUCUUCUUAUUGACUCUAUACCAAGAAUUGCUUAUAAUCUUUGUACAUAUUCUUUAAGCAAAUUAUAUACAAAUAAAUAAAUCAUGGAAAGUGAAUUCACUUCAACUUUGUUGAUCACCUUGAUUACUUUUCACUCUAGCAUGUGCCACUUUGCAAAAAUAUUAUCAAGUUACUUAAUUUUGCAUAGAUUAGAGUGGCAUGAUAUAACACAAUUUGUGUCAGGUUUUCCUAGAUGUUCACUUCCUUCUGUUUCUCCUUGAGGGGAAGGGUACAGCUACCUAUAGGCUAGACAUUGUGAUUUCCAGUAAUGUUUGAGUUGUAUGUCAGCUAACAUAUCACACAUAAUUAUCAUAAGCCAGGGCAGCAGUGGAAAGCAUUAUAAUAUAAUGGAAAUAAGGAUUUUGACUUCAAUGUUUGAUAUUCUGAAUAUUUUUUUUGCAGUAACCAUUGCUGAAAUAUUUUCUACCUUUGGAGAAAUAGAGGCAGUUAAGGUAUAAUAUAUUUACUAGCUUAGCUAAGGGGUAAAGGGACACUCAAGAGAUUGAUCAGUCAUGUCAAAUAUAAGAAACCUAUCAGUUUAUUAUGGAGAUUAUUUUUGGGCAAAGAAAUAAGACCUUAUUAUUAAUGAAAACAAGGAUUAUUUGAAAAGUAGAGGGCGUCUUUUGCUUUAAUUUUUACCUUUAUCUUUAACUCCCAAGAUCUCUCUCACUAUAAUUAAUUUCUUCUUCUUCUUGUUGUUAUUUUGCUUUCCUUGACUGUAAGGAUAAAUUAUUUAAUGGUCUCUCUUAGUGAUGAAAGGGUUUGCCCUAAUUUUCCUUCCUGAAGAGACUUGUAACCAAAUGGUCACUGCCAUUUUAAUACACUUUCAAGAACACAUUUGAUGAUAACUAAAAAGUUAGUGAAGUGAUGGUUAUAGCAUUUCCCAGAGUAACACCAUAUUGUCAGGGUAUCAAUUGGGCAUUACAGAUCAGACAAUGCUCCGGCUAUAGAACAAAGAAUUUUUGGGCUAAAUUUUGAUGGCCUGAUCAAGGUUUUGUUUAAAUGUGUAGCUGUUUUGUGGUUUAUUAUUCUGUCACUAUACACAUAAUUUUCCAGCUAUAAAAUUUCAUAAUGAAAGCUUUGAAUUGUCAGAGUGAUCACAGUAGGAAAUGUGUUGUAAUCAGUUAGAAGAAUGGACUCUUGGGAGUGAGAGGGUUGUGUAACACUCAGGGUGCAAUUAAUGGGAAUUUGCUUUGAAUGUUCUCAACCCUUAUCAGGUAUAAGGUGUAAAAUACCAAUCAAAUUUUUCAUAUUUAUUUUGAUAUUUGCUAAAUUAAAUGUUAGUUUGUUAUUUUUUUUAAUCUCUCUGUUUCUGAACCAUUUGAUAUUUGUUUCUGAGUGGAAGUUGAUGAUAACACACUAGCUCUGGAUAUUUGAUAAUUAAAUUACUGACCAAAUUAUCAAGUUCAUGAUUGUGUUUUAAUCCCUAUGUAAUACAUUUACUUACUUGUAGCUCAUCAAGGAUCAUGAAACUGGCAUUUCAAGAGGGUUUGCCUUCAUUACAUUCUGUGAAGUGGACUCUGGUAAUUAUUUUUUAUUACUACAAAUUGUAUUUUGUUGUUUGAAUUGAUUUUCAUUUGCAUGUAAGAUGAUGACUUCCAUCCAAUUUGAUUGGUACUUUCCUAUGGUUUAUGACUAUCAACUUAUAAAGAGCCCAAAACUAAGGAGAAGCAAUGUGAAAAAAAAAACUUCAAAUAUUCUUCCUUAGAAAACACUUUGAAAAACAGUGAUAUCUAUCUAGAACAUGGUAGUGUAAAACCUCUGUGCAAAACUGUGUUCAUCAGCAACAUUUAUAUGAAGUAAUAUGUUGUCAUUUGUCAUAAUUUUUUUGAGGUAUGAAUCAAAAUGUAGGUGUACUUCUUUCAGAAAAUAUAAAUUAAACUGUCUUUUGACCUGCGCUAGCCCUAUCAAUAGCAAUUUCCAGCUGUACCUAGGGCAACUGGGUUUUAGUGACUGUGUAUGAUAUUAGAGUGGCGCUUUAUUAGACUAUAACUGAUGUGAAAUUCUGAAUAUGUAUGCAAUAUAUACAUUUACAAGACAUAGAGGGGCUCAUUGUUAAUAACACCCUGGAAUUAAAGUCCCUGGCAGUCACGUCUUGUAGCAAGUGUUGUUGUGAGCAUCUGUCUAAGUUUUUUUUUUGUGCUUUCAUUCUCUUUUUACAGCUGUGAAAUGUAAAACAUGGUGUGCUUAUAACCAUUUGGUAGGUUCAUACUCAUGUUUCUAUUUACUAAGGAAAUUGGCAUUUUGAAGAUAAGUGAGGAAAAUUUUGUUGACACAUCAAUGACCAUUGUUGUUAUUUAAUCAUUUUGAUAACAUCAAUGCUCAGAAGAAUCAUGUUAGGUCACUUUUAUCUUUUGUGAUAAAGUUAUAGUUAUGUAAUUAUUGCUAGCUAUUUGGUAACAGCAAAAAUUUUAAAGCAAGCAAACUCAUUCUUUUUCCUUUUUCUAAUUAGUACUCUUUUGUGGCACCAUCUCCCAAAAUUAUGUGAUUUUCACUGAUGAACGUAUCAGUUAUGAUGAUAGGUGGAAAGUACAGUUGUAAGGUAUAAUUAUGCUAAUGACAAUAAGUUGCAUUCAUGUGGUCAGGGAAAGCUUGUUAUUAUCAAGAAAAAUGGGAUGACUGUGAAACCUGAUGUCUGUAGUAACCAUGUUUUGUAAACUUGCAUGUGUCCAAAUAGAUCUGUACAACUACACACAUUGAAUGCAAUAAGUAUAACAAAGUAAAUCAAUACAUUUUCAUCACCAGAAAAUUGAUGAUAGAAAUGUGACUGUGAGGGCUGCUGAGCGUCGACAGGUGAGUUCACAUCAUUUAUUUUUAUGUUACACCAUAAUUUGGCAUCACUGUCAUUGAUAUUUAAGAAUUUGUUCAUGCGUAGCAUGCAUAUAUUGAGUUAAGGAUGCAUGCGGGAAGUCUGGAGUGCACAAGAAAUGCAUGAGAGUAGCUUGAGGUGCAGCCGAGAGCAACUCUAGCUUUUGGAGUGCUCUUCAAACUUCCCAAGUGCAUCCAUAACUUGAUAUAUGCACAGCUAAAAGCAUGAGCAAAUUCUUUUAUAACAGAGCGACAACAAGGAUCUGCGCUAAGAAGUCUUUUAUUGUGAUAGUGUUUUGGUUUUGGUGAAUUCCCAAUUAACAACUGUGUACUUUAUUCCCCAGAUUGAACAAAUUUUAAAACAACAAUUAAAACGGAAAUUUUUACCUUUAAAUGUUGUUAAUGACCAAUUGGUGACUUUUUUGUUCCCAGUGAAUGUCUUUCAGCCAAAAUUUGCUGCAGCUGGUCUUCCACCAAAUUUGUGAAACAUGCAACUUGCGAGUUUUUUGGGCUUUAUUUUUGUUGCUUGUUGUAUCAGGACCUAAAGGGUCAAUGCCGAUAGAAAAAUUGGGUAGUUCUUUGCUGGUUUCUUCCAUAUUUCAAAGAGAAAGAGAACUGCACUGCAGCUUAACAGGAUGGAAACUCUGAAGCCGGGUAAAAAAAAUGCUCACAUCAUCUCAUUUAUGCACGGGCGUGCAAGAUUUUGUUCAGCUCAAUAGGACUUAUAUAGGGCAAGCACGGAUGCACGAAAAGCCCAUUAAUAAAAUACACUCUGAACUAGUGCUAUCCAUAAAUCUUGAACUAAAGCAUCCAAUCAUGAAAAAAAAUGUUAGAUCUAACACAAGAAGCCACAUAAGUGUAAGUGAUUGCCAUCAUGAGGAAACUUGGGAGAAAUUUUCUUGCAAAUUGAUUUUGCUUGAAAAAUCAAUACUAAUUUGAUUGCUUUAAAGUGUAGUUUUUACCAAGUUAUAAGUUUGUAGGUUUGCAAGUCAAUCAUUAAGUAUUGAUAAACUUAUCCCAAUUUUCCUGAUGUAAUGUAAGGUUAAAAAUGGUAUCCUAUGCUGUUGUAGUAUUAAAUCUAUCACCAGCAAAGGGAGAAAAACAUAUUCCCUUUACUAAAUGAACUUUUUUCCCUCUUCACUUUACCUGUAGACUAAUUAUGCAGCAAUUGAAAAGAGGAAAUGUGCAGAGGAUAAUAACCCCACAUUAUACUGGGAGUACAAAUGGGCUGAGGACCCCAAAUCAGAGGUAGAAAUUUAUUUAGAUAUAGGCAGCUCACACUGCAAAAGGUUUUUCUCCACAGUUAACAAAUCCUAGUCAUUCCAUCAGUGCUACCAAUGCACCUGUUGACAACAACAAAAACCUUUUUUUUUUCUUUCCUUACUCAUUUUCAUGCUUUCAUUGUUGCAAUUGGCCUGGUCCACAGAUACUAUACAUAGGAGCUGGGUUUUAUGGCCAGCUACAGUGAUUAUUACUGUUAAACAAUGAACUUGUGUAGUCAAAAGGGUGCCUAUAGGUAUGCAUGUUUAAUGUCUUAUCUGAUAGCAGAAGUGGACUUUAAAAUGUCCUUUUUGUGUUUCCAGAAUUGCUACACAAAUUGUGUCUCUAUUCCUCAGGUUUAUGGUCCCUAUGAGACAAGUUUGAUGUUACAGUGGUCUAAAGCUGUAAGUAUUUGGAUAUGUUCUGAAAAAUAAUUUGGAAAGCAAAAGAAUAUCCAAUCACUUUUAAUCAGCUGUGGAUGGAGGAAGCUCAGGGAACACUUGAUUAUCCUAUUUGACUUUGUCCUGGAAAAAUGGCAGUUUAAUGUACUACAUGAUGGGCAAAAGUAGAGGUUCAAUAUUUUUUUUCGUUUUCAAUGGAUUUAUUCGUGAAAAUUGUGCUUCCUUUUUAAUGCUUUCACUUCUAAGAUAUCACUGGUAAUUCUCCUUACUGUCUCCCAUACAAUUCCUAUUAAUGUCAGUUCAGAGAAUUUGGUAUUGGAAAGACUAAUAAUCUCCUAAUUGAUAUUUUUAUUUAUUCUUAUUACUUGUCUGCUUGAAGUUGUAUUGAAAUUGUAAGGAGAAAUUCUCUGUUGAUCACUCAUAGGAGGGAAUUUUUAAGUUAAUUUCUUCCCUGUAUGUUUUCUCAUUUUAGGGAUAUUUUGACGCAGGUUGUUGGGUGCGAGAACACGUGACCAAACAAAGUGACGAGAACUCAUCUGAACCUUCAUGUAAGACAGCGAGACUAGUGGAUCAAAGUUAUUCCGAUUCGAGUGAUUCUGAGGAUGAUACACCAUCUGUGGGGCAACCUGAGGAAAAUGAAUUUCUUCAUGUGUCUGAGAUAGAUUUCUCUAUAUUUCCAUGAGUAAGUGCAACGCCUGGAACAUCAGACAGUUUGAGUGUUAACGGAGUAUGUGUCACAUCGGCAUCGGUGAGAUCAUUGGUAGUAUUGGAAGGAUAGCUAAAUGAAAGAGGAAAUUCAUUUUAUAUUCAAACUUUGAGUGGCCAGAUAGUCCUGCUCGCCGUCUUUUGUUUAUUUCGUCACGCAAUGCAUUCUAAUCCGGACUAGCGGCGAGAGACUGUCACAACAGUAUGUCUCGUCGUCUGUUUUAGUACGUUGAAACCUUAAGCAAGACAGGUCACUCAUAUUGAUAUCUACCUUUGAACAAAUGAAGGACGAAUAGCAUAAAACAUUACAUUAUUACUUCACCGUGUUCAAAAUAUGUUUUUCUCGAAGUUUGGCCCACAGACGUCUGUUUGUUUACAUCGAGCACUAGUAAGGUUUAUUCAAGUGAGCUGUGGUUGAAGUUUUUGACACGUCAGCUACUUUUGAAGACUAUUCUCUAAAUUUUUAGACCCCUCGUUAUACCAUUCGAAAGAAAUGGUUUCAUGUUUAGUUCUUGUAAGCUAGUCAAACUUGUUGAUGGUUAAAUUUAAAUUUUAGUUACGCGAACAAAUCAAGAACCUGAUCUAUCAGACCUAAAAUUACUGCGUCAUUGAACAUUACACUUUGUCAAACUAAUUGACUGUGUCAAAGUGUCAUUUAAAUUCUAAAAUCUGUUUUAUCUUCCUUUAACGGCUGGCGGUGAAUCUAAAUGGACUAAAAUGAAUGAAGAACCUCGUAUCACAAUUUCGGCUGGCUGUCUUAUAUGUGAAAAACGUCAAAAUUCCCCCGAUCACAAAGCAUCCCAAACCAUCUCAAGGAUUAUAGGU